AUGGUAGAGGUUAAGAGGCGAUGGGUGCCGCUGAAUGGAUUGCAGUUCGGUGUCAUGGUGCGGUCUUACUUGCCGUUGAAGAGACACCCAAGCUUGUUCUACCACAACCACCAGUUCAUGAACGUGUAUGCUGGUGCGGAAGUCUAUGUAUUUGAAGAAAGUGAAGAUGGCAAAUGGUGCAGGGCUUAUUUCUGUUGUAGACCUUUUCCCGAGGAGUUUAUUGCCAGCUCUUCCUCCACUAACGAGAAACUACCCGACGUGAAACCAGUGGUAUGUGUGUUUCCGAAAUGCUAUGUUGCAUUGGAUCCCAAUAGGUUUGUUCACAUCAUAUCGUUCUUUAAGGCCCCAGAUAGAUCUGAUUUUGAGAACGAACAGCUUGCGGAAUGCAAGUCACCAAGUCUAUAUGAUACCUUAAGUGAAUCACAAGAUCAUGAAGUAGCCAAAUUAGCAAAUUCAAAGCCAACAAGACCACCAUUUCCGUACUUUAGAUACCAGAAAAGGCCCUUUGUUGAUGAGAUGGGGCCCGUGCUAUCCCUACUGUGUUCACAUAUUUACUGGAUGUACUCUCUUGGUGAGUUUGAGAUACAUACAAAGCUUGUUGGCCUUUAUUAUGAGUUGGAUAAUAUAAGACUACGAUUGAGAUUGCAAUUGACUACUGAAAUUGAAAGGAUAAAACUAAUCAGAGCUGCUAACUCGUUACUUGCCAAGAUUUCCAAGUUUAUUUCUUCAAAGGGAAGAACAAAUAGGUUUUUGAUUCAAUCGAAAUCAUCCAACCCUGAUCCUUACGGAUUUGAAGGUAUUUUUGCUAGGGAUAUAAUUACAGGUGAGUUACUAUCCUACCACGACACCGAAUUGAGAACAUUGAUGUUAAGCUCGAUGUUGUAUGGGCUAACAAAUAAUUUUCCGAACACCGAAUCUAGUAUAUUACAAUUCGAGGCUCCCAAAUGCGAAGUUUAUGAUAGAGCAAAAUCACAUAUCUUAAUAGAUUUUAAAUCUAUCACAAGUGACCCAUCAGUUCUGAACCCAAAUUUGGAAAAUGCAACGGCAAUCACCUAUUUAAUGACCCCAAAUGAACGCUUAACAGAUCCUAUAGAAUUUCAGAUCCCUAAUGGCAAAAGAGACACUAGUUUUGUAACACUACUUUUUGAGAGUUUAUUUCAUUCCGUAAUAAAAAAAAACAAAAUAUACCUUGUUCUGAUUAUUACGGAGACGGUGGAUAUAAAUACGAACACUAUGAAAAGCAAAGCUGCCUUGUCUUCCUUCAAGGAACCUUUCAUACCAUUUAAAGAAAACGAUGAAUCGUUGUUACAUAAACUUAAAAGAGGUAUUGUUGCUGGUGUUAUAGAUAUAUCUCCUGUGUUUUCAAAACAGAAAGGUAUUGCCCAUGCAGAUACACCACAUAGAUUUGUCAUCAAUUUGUUUGGUUCACGGUUUAAAUCUGGCUUCUGUCCUUCAUCUGCAUCUCAAAAUAGUUAUGAUGAUCAAGAAACUUUACUGGGAUGGGGUGCUCUAGUGAAUAACAUUUUGAGUGACUCGACUAUGGGUAUUGCUAUCAACCCAAGAGCUUUAUCCGUGCCAGUUACAGUCAAAGAAAUACUUGAUGAACCUUUUGCAGAUAAGGUAAGAAGCUCAAAUAUUAUUUCGGUGUUAAGCGUUCCUAUGAAAGUAAAUCGCAAUAAAAUAGAAAAGAAAGAAAGCUUGUAUCUGACGCUAGGUUGUGUCUGUCUUUGUGAUAUUGGUCAAAAAGAAACUAACAUUAAAAAUAUCGCGGUACAAGUAAAUUCAAAGAACGACAAAGUUAAAUUCUCUUACAGUGACCUAGGGGUUAAACGUAAUAACUGGAAUUUUAUAUCAGUCAGACCAGGUGAAUCUAUUGGCGAAACAGUAAGAAUAGAUGGUUUGGAGCAUAUGGCAGAAGAUGAGUCCAUUAGAGUUUUGGUAUUUUUGAAUGGCUUUUUAAUGGCAAAAUCAAAUAUUUGCAUAAAAAAGAAUGGAGUUUUCCUUGAGUACAAGAAAUUCACUGGUUUUCAUCUAAUGUCUUCUAUCGGUCAGAAACUAGUUAAUUUACAACUGAAACUCAAAUAUAAUGGUGCCAAUUAUAAUAUUCAUCCUUCAAUUUCAAAAUUCUUAGUAUUUAGAGAUUACUCUGAUAUGUUGGCUGAAUGCAAAAAGCAAUCAGUCGACUGCAUCAUAUCUGGCUUACAAGAUGCUCCAUUGCCACAACUAAUUGUUCAUUUCCAUUCACUUUUGCGCAAGCUACUUCAAUAUUUCAAGGAUGUCAAAGAACUAAAUCAUGAUAAAGAAGGAAAAAAAAAUAGGCUAACUGUGUUUGCUAAUUUAGUAGGAUUAUUAAACUCCCUUGUUGUCGAUGACGUAAAUGAUAUAUGCUUUUUUGAAGAAUUUUAUGAAAACUUACCUCUGCAUGAACCCGAAUUAUCAAUGACAGGUAUAGAGAUUGUUAAUUGUAUGUCCGAUGUUUUUGAGCCUGGUUUCGAGUGCUGGCAUAAAAUUGGAAGACAAGCUUGCAAGGCUUUUGUUCAUCUUUUGUUACUGUCUACUAUUUCAUGUCUUGAUUAUAUGAAUGAAUGGAAACAAGCGGUAAAAAGUCUGUUUGUGAAUAUCACAAAAUUCUUAUCUUUAACUGAGGAGUCAAUAUACUAUGAUCAAAUAUUGAUUCUUAGAGCUUACCCACUCUGUAUUUCAGCAUUACAUCAAUAUUUUGAACCAUACGAACUUCUGAUUGUUACAGAUCGUUUGUUUGGUAGUUGCCAGGAGAAGGAUAAUAAAUUAAACUUUACCCAAAAAUGCAUAUCACCAGAAGAAGAGAAAUACCUGGGAGAGAAAUUCUCUUCUUUAUUGAGUGUCAUCACACACAAAUCUCUUCAAACAUAUCUAUUUGACUGUAACGAUAACUCAAAUAUGAAACUAGAGUUUUUCUCAAGAUGUAUAGAAUGGGUUCAACAGCCAUACUUCUAUUACUCAGAUAAUAACGAUGUGAUUUCGUAUACGCGGGUUGCAAAUACAGUAAUGAUGACACUUCUAGAAAAUAUUACUAAUGUCCAAAUUCUAAGAAAUUUAAUUAGAUUAAUACCUAGAUAUUGUGAAUACUUUAUUCUCAUAAGAAAGUAUUGUAAAAAGGCGAACUUUUUCAGAACGAGAAGAAUAUUCACCAAGCUGUUUCCCACACAGACUGCGCCAUUCAGUAUACCAAUGGACUCUAUUGUAAAUGAUGAGGUGGUUAUUGAAAUCCUUCUAGAAAUUGCAACAAUAAUAUGUAAAAUCACCAAAAUGGCUACAACACUUUAUGGGAAGAACCCUUCUUUUCUAGAAAUCAUUAAUGAAUGCAAGAAUGAUACUCACUUUCAGUCAUCCGCUUAUAUUAAACAUUGUUCGAAGGAAACUGUGUUACUAAUAACUAAAACUCAGAAAUACUUUUUAAAAGGUGAUUUCUUUCCAUGCAAAAAGUGGUUAGGUGUGACUGCAUUAUUUGCUCGUUCAUGUUUAAUCAUGCUUACUAUGUGUAAACAGUUUAUGAUUAAAGAAUUUUCGCCAUAUCCAAUAACAAGAGGGAAUGAUAUGCAUUUCGAUGAACAAUUAUGGGCAGACUAUUUUUCAGCAUUAUUUAUGAUAGCCAAUCACAAGGUUAGUACGUUAACCAGGUUGGCAAUUAUACCAAGAAAGGCUGUAUACUUGAUAUCUGGCAACUUAAAAAAGCAAGUAUCUUCUGUUUUGAGUGAAUGUUGGACUGGGUUAGCCAAUGAAAGCUUUGACCAUGAUUUCCUAUGUAAAUAUGGUACUGGCGACGUUUCAUCAUAUCAACUACAACUACUGACAAACCACCCAAAUAUAGUACGUGAAAUUUUCAGAUUUGGUUUAAACAGACAUCUACAAGCAGUCAAAACCAGUACCAACAUAAUAUGGACAAUGGUUCUUUUAUUUUGGAAUCACUAUGAGUCUCUACAACCGGCAAUCAACCUUUGUAUUCCAGAAUUGUUUAAUGCUUACCAAAGUGGAAAAUUCUACAUGUAUGACGAUGAAUUAGAAAGAUUCAUGAUUUGCUUGUUUUACCGAAUCCAUAUUGAUGAACAUGAUGUUAUGUAUAAUCCUCUAAUUGACUUUUUAGAAAAGAUAAUGGGAUUUUUCCAUAUUGUUAGCGAAACUUAUAAAAUUCCUACACAGCAAGAAUUUGAUGACGAUAGAACGGCUCAUCGAAUUGAAAUGUUUAGCUACUUAUUAGAAGCUGAUAGACCAGAAUUAUUUCAUAAAAUGGUGUAUGAUUUGUUCAUACAUUUCAUACAGAAGAGGGACAAUGUUCAGGCCGGAUUAUGUUUGGAACUGUUGGCUAAUACCUACGAAUGGGAUCCUAACGACUUUUUGUCAGCCAUAGCUUAUCCUCCUUUACCAGAGCAAUCGAGCUUUGAAAGGAAGGAAUAUUUAUUCAAGGAAGCUGCUAGAAAUUUUGCCAAAGGUCUAAAACUUGAAAAAGCAUUAUCAAUUUAUAAAGAUCUAACGAAAGCAUACGAUGAAAUUAAUUAUGAUUUGAAUGGUUUGGCUUUUGUCCAUGACCAGAUUGCUGCAAUCUACACAGAAUUACAGUCUGUGGAUAGACUAGUUCCAACAUACUUCCGUGUUGCAUUGCUAGGUUUUGGUUUCCCAAAUUCUUUAAGGAACCGUAUGUUCAUAUUUGAAGGUUUACCAUUUGAGCAUAUAACGUCAAUGCAUGAUAGACUGUUAAAAAUAUAUCACGGUUCUAGUAUAGUCCAAACGUUAGAUGAGGUGGAUGAAUUAUUAAUGCAUCCACCAAUGGGCAAAUUCAUCCAUGUUUGUACAGUAGAACCGAGGUUUGCGUUAUCGGAACAAUACUCAACUAGUAGAAAGAGUGAAUUAAAUAACAAGAUCAGGAUGUACAUUGAAAACAGAAACUUGCGGACUUUUAGCCAUUUCAGGAGAUUGGCUGGUUCCAAGUCUGUAACUGAUCUAUGGGUUGAAGAAUACACAUAUGGUACAGUUAAUACAUUCCCAACACUGAUGAACAGAUCGGAGAUAAUUGAAGUAUCACGAAGGAAAUUAUCACCACUAGAAAAUGCUUUGAGGACACUACAGAUGAAAAUCCAGGAACUAUAUGGUUUGGAAAACAUGUGUUAUAAAGUUAUCAAAGAACAAAGCGACUACAUUAAUGUAUUGAACGAACUUUCAAGAAGUAUAACUGGUACCAUUUCAGCCCCAAUAAAUGGAGGCAUCUCUCAAUAUAAAGUAUUCCUUGAGGAGGCGAACCGUGAUAAGUUUGAUAAAAACGACUUGAAACUAUUAAUGUCUAGUUUUGAUGAACUGGUGCAUGCGUUGAGCAAGUGCUUAGUUUUACAAAGUGAGCUAUCUGGAACAGGUAGCACCAACAAGUCGGGACACAAUCUACUGGUAGAGUUAUUUGAAGAGAAUUUUGCGGAAGAGAUCAAGAGAAACCGUAUUGAUAUCAGCACCAUGAGUGUGGACUCCAUCAUGAAGGACUCUAACAAGCCCGUGCAUAACAAAUCAGUGGUACACAAGUGGCAUAUCAAUUCACAUUGGGACAGACCUAACUUUGGGAAGUCACAGCGGGUCAAGAGCGAUACAAAUGAUAAUGGCGUGCCUUUUGGCACAUCUAUGUUGGGGAGAUACCUGUCUAGCACUAGAUCACAAUCAAGAAAUGCAAGUGAGAGAAACACAGCUGCAUCCAGCCCUAUGCCAUACGCUAUACCAGACUUCUAA